UUUUUUUUUUUUUAUUAUUAUUAAAAAAUACGUAGGUAUAAAUUUUUCUUUAAUAAAAAAAAAAAUUUAAGUAGUUGUGAAGAAAAAAAUCAAAAAAAAAAGCAAAAAUGAGGAAAAUGGUUUUGCGUGUCUUAGAUGACGACCAUUUUGCCAUAAGUGCAAUUGUUACCGUUGUUAUGCAAAUAAUAUUUUUCUUAAUUAAUUCUGUUUUUUCAAUGGAUAAAUUAACUGAUUUUGCUGGUGGUGUUAAUUUUAUUAUUGUAGCUUUAUUAACAUUUUUUUUAGGACAAAUUGAAAGGCCACAUAAGGCAUAUGAUAGUCGACAAUUAAUGGUGACAGUUUUUGUAUGUCUAUGGGGAGCACGUUUAUCGGGUUACUUAUUAUAUAGAAUUGUUAAAAUUGGACGUGAUAAGCAAUUUGAAGAUACAAAAAGGAAUAUAAUAAGAUACGCAAUAUUUUGGUCGUUUCAAGCUGUUUGGGUAUUUGUUGUAUCAUUACCAGUUAUAAUAAUAAAUUCACCACGCCAUACACAACCUCAUGCACCGAAAACAAUGACAACAUUAGAUUCAGCUGGUACUGGAAUGUUUGUUGUUGGUUUAUUAGCUGAAACAUAUGCUGAUCUACAAAAAUUCUCAUUUCGUCAAGAUCCAUCAAAUCAAGGGAAAUUUUGUAAUGAUGGACUGUGGAGAAUGUCAAGGCAUCCGAAUUAUUUUGGUGAAAUUGUUAUAUGGUGGGGUAUAUUUGUGAUAUCAUUAAAUGUAAUACAAGGCGUUGAAUGGGUUGCUAUUAUGUCACCUAUAUUUACAACAUUAAUUAUAUUAUUUUUAUCUGGUAUACCGUUACGUGAAAGAUCAGCAGAUGAAAAAUAUAAAGAUUCGAUGGAGUAUAGAAAAUAUAAAGCUUCAACAUCACCAUUAAUACCGAUACCACCAUCAAUAUAUGUUGAAGUACCAAGUGCAUUAAAAUUUAUACUAUGCUGUGAAUUUCCACUAUAUGAUUCUUUAGAUAUACAAAAAGAGAAUUUAAGUCCAUAUUCAUUAUCAUUAGCACAUUCACAUUCACAACACAUAUAGCAAUCAGCACAUCAUG